GCCCCUUUGUGAGCAGAGGGGCCGGGGGGGAUGCGGAGCCGCCUCCGUUCGGCUUCGGGGCGGGAGAGCGGCGGGGGCCGGGCCGGGCAGCGCCGCUGUCGCCCCGGCACUGAGCGCUCGCUCGCACUGGAGGCAGCGCCGCCCGCCCGUGGCCCCGGAGGUGCCGAGAGAUGGAUUUGCUCUUAAGUAAAGCUGUGCAAAAACUGGGAAGCGCUGCAUCAGAGCUUUUGAAUUUGGACCACUUCCAGUCCUGACAUUCAGAAACUCAUCCCUAUGGGUGGCAAAGACAAAGAGGCUGGAUGCAAAGGAGGAAGCAUGGUAAAGGCAGCAUCUUUCCAGGAUUCAUGGGCUCUUUGAGAGAUGAUCAGAGGGAGGCCAGAUGACCUGCACAACACACACACCACUGUUUCUCAUCUGCAAAGGCGGCAUCGGAGCGUUCUCCCCAGCCCCGCACCACCCGGCUUGCCCGAUCGUUUCCGGAUGUUUCGCAGCUGCGAGUGGGAAGUCCUGGAGCGAUCCCUCAAUAUCCUUCAGGCCAGUGACUUCUACUGGGGCCCCUUGUCUGUGGGGGAGGCUCAUGCCAAGCUCCAGCGGGAGCCUGUAGGCACCUACUUGGUGCGGGACAGCUCGCAGGGGAACUGCUUGUUCAGCCUGAGCGUGCGGAUGCCCACGGGGCCCGUCAGCCUUCGAAUCUCUUUCCAGGAGGGCUAUUUCCGCCUCAAGAACUGGUUUUCAGACUGUGUGGUCCGGCUGCUGGAGCUGGUGGUGGCAGGGACCCGGAACAACCCCUUGCACUGUGAUGAGAUGGGUGGAACUCCCCUGAUCUUCUCUGAGCCCUUGUGCCGGAGCCGCCGGGCAGUGCCCACGCUGCGGGAAUUGUGCUGCCGGAGCCUCCCUGCCAGUGCCGCGACAGAAGACAGAGCAAGGCUGGGGGACUCCUUGGGAAUGUGUCUGAGGGAAGAGGUGUUCUCGCCCCUGGAUGAAAGGGGAGGGUCAGAGGGGAGCAUUGGCCCCAGCCCCUCUCUGUCCUGGGCUAGGAGAUGAUGCUAUGCAUAUGGGAGAUGAAAGGAGAUGCCUCUUUUAUGGCUGUGCUGGUGGGGUGUGUGCCACACCAGUGAUGCUGAACUGGCUGCUGGGAGAGGAAGGGGGAGGGCAGAGGGAGCAGAGCUUGAAUCCAGUGGCUGUGACAGAUGUGUCCUCAUACAUACACAGUGAGUGUGACUUUCCCAGACAUGCCUGGGGUAAAGCCAGACCUAAAGAGUAGGCAUUGCCACUGCUGCCAAGUCCUGCUCUUUGCCCCAUUUAUAACUUAAAAGCUUCAGAAAAAGGUGAGUUGCCCGUCCUCCCAGGUCAACCCUGUGUUCUCUUGUACCCCAAAGUGCUUGAGCUCAUUUCUGCCUCAAAUCUGCCCGGUGGAGUACAGCUGAGUCCAGUCCCACAGCAGUGCAGCUUGGACAUUGAUGGGCAUGACCCUUGUGCUGACCCACGAAGCUGUGGUGGAGCAAGAGCACGUUUCACUCCUCGAAGCACGAAUGUGAUGCCUGUCACUUCAGAGGCCGGUGUUUGCACCAAGUGAAACCAUUGCAGCCAUGUACAAUACAUGCAGCUUCACUGGCUUUUGCAUUGCUUUAUUUGAUUGGAUUUUUGAGAGUGAAGAUGGGGUUACUCUGUUCUUAAGGGCAUGGCAUUCCUGCAGAGAUAACCCUGGAGAGUUGUAUCUGCCCUUGGAGGGUGUGAAGAGAUGGGAUCCUGCACCCUUUCUUAAGCUCAUGUGAUAGUGUACUGCUGCCAUCUGUCGAGCAUCAGAUGUUUUGGUUUUGCCUCUGAAAGGCAAGGAAUUUUUUAUAUAAAACUUCUAAAAUUUAAAUAAAAUUUUUAUAUUGAUUUUUAAAAGUCAGUGAAUACAUGGUGAUAACUUCAUUCCCUUGUAAUGUUGGAGGCGCAGUUAGUUUAGUGCCCAGGCUUGGCAAUCAAACUGAAAUGGAAUAAAGGAAUUUCUCAUAAAGACCAAAAGCAGAGCAUAAAUGAGUGGUCCUAGCUGGGAACAUUAAACGUAAAUUUAUCUGGUAGUGUAAUGUAGUGAAUAAUUUUCUAAACAGAGAAUACUUCUGAAAAUCUCAGCCCUACAUUUUUAGGAAGUUGUUUUAGUACCUUAAAGUUUGUACUGAGUGUUUGAAAAAAAAAAGAGUAAUUCAAGAUCUUAGAACAGGGUACAGCAUCAGUGAACUUACUGGUGAAUAUGAGUACAAAUGGGAGGAACACAGUUGGCUUAAAUAGGGUCACGGUUCAUUUCAGGGAUAGUUGGUAUGAUGUCUUCAAAAUAAGUGAUUGAAAAAAGCUACAUGAAAGAAGAAAUUCAGACACUAAAAUUUGAGCCAAACCAUUGCUAAAGAUCCAUAGCUGGGCAGACAGCCUGCUUUGCUCAUGCUGACUUUCCUCUUCAGACCUGUUCAAAGCUGAACAGGGGAAGAGAGUACACUGAAUUUGCUCUAUUGUCUUCAGCUGUUUUAUCUGAGGAACUGAAGUGUGUGGUCAGCACAGAGAGAGAUACAGACUGAUUCAUCACAGGAGCUGAGCUUAGGCACUCUGAAUUAUUCUCUGGAGGGCUUUGUUGCUCUGCUGGUGGUGAGGUGCCUGACUGCCUGUCUCAGGGCAUUGGCUUAUCAACCAGGGUAGUUAGAUAAGUGUCAGGGAAGUGGUGAUCUUGUCCUUGCUGCAUGCUCCUUCCAGCUGCAGGGAGGCCAGAGGGAGCUUGGUGGCCCUGCAGCUACUGCGUCUCUCAGCCCAGUGCAAAAGCAGGAGCUGGGAUUGUUCCUUCCCGCACGGUGUGUGCGCUGGGGUGGCUGACAUGUGGGCAUAGUGUUGCUUGCUGUCAGCAUCUCAGGUGGCUCUGGGCACCUCUGGGACCAUUCCCCCCAGGCUCUUGGGUGAAGCCCCUACCUCAGCAGGGUCAGCCACACAGCUGCCCUCCCUCUCUGCUAUGGAAGAGUGGGACUGGAUCUGUUGGCCCAGGCAUCAUCUUCCACCCCUUGAUCCUUUGCUUUCUUGAAGGUGUCUGCUGAGGUGCCUUGGCUCCCUUCCUGCUUUCCCUUCAGAAAGCAGGGGGGUGGAGGAGCAGUAUAAUUCCUUCCAUGUUUAGAACUGAGCACAGGAAUGCUUCUGUUUUCUGGCCACAGUUAUACCUCACUGAGGGAAGAGCUUUCUGAUGGUAUUGCUCUGACCUGGCUGUGAACUGUUCUCAUUUGGCCGCAAAUGAGCAUCUUGGGUUGUGUAGCUGGGAGCUGCAGAGGAGCCCUAUUUGUGCCCUGGAUUGUGCUUUAGGAAAAUCACACCACGGGAGAAGGAAAUAGUUUGGAUUUUAAUAAAGUCUACUUUAUUUGGUUCUUCUUUUUUUUUUUUUUUGUUUUUGUUUAAUUGCACAGCAAGCACUUGUCUCAGUCUUACAAGUAAGUCAAUUCCAUGCAGGGCUGCAGCGAAUUGAUUUGAGAUCUGUGGAUGAAAAGCAGUGAAUUACUGCCAAGCAUUGUUAUAUUGUGGAAGUUGAAAGCACAUCAUGUGUGAGUAUCCUCAUUAUUCCCAAGGAGAGGUCACUCUGCAGAUCAGGAUUGGUGCAAGAAAGGAAAUCAAUGUAGAAAGAACAGGAAAAUGAAAAGUGCAUUGGCUGAGGCAAGCAUUAGAAUCCUUCAUUCUCUGCUUGGAUGUUGGAUGAGAAACCUUUUUCUUUCAGGUCUUGAGAAAAAAAGAUAUACAAAACAAAAGGGUAAGAAUUUACUUCUAUGGGGUAGCACUAUCCUGCUGCUUUCAUUAGAGUGGGAGAUGUUCACUUUAAUGACCCUGCCUCUGAAUGGGUUCCUCUGUCACGUAGGAGUAGCUCCUGGUAGUCUGUAUCCAAAUGUUUCUUUUGGUGGCUCCUAAGGGGACUUAAAAAGAAAUUGCAAACUUCCUCACAACCUCUUGAGCACCAUUUGGGGAAUAGAAGAAAAUUGUUUGCAUUUUUAUAUGUUAUGUUAUACAUUUCUCCAGCUGACUCAUUUCAUUUUGUCGAGGAAACUUACACAGGCUUUGCAGAUGGUUUUUUUCAAGUGUUCUUCCUAACAGCAGAAGUUGAAAAGUUUAGUGCUUGCAAGAGGGGCUUCCUCUACCAUGCUGUGAAGGGCCUGGAUCUCAGUCCCAAUAUGCUGCAGGCAUCCAGCAGGAAACUGCUCUUUGUCUGCUCCCAACUAGCUGUCUGUUGGUAGUGUUCUGGCGCCCCAAGAGUUAAUUUCCCAAAAUUCUUCACUGGAACUUGCUAAUAACUUCCAUAUGUACCCAUGUAUGUGCUUAGGAGGGGCCCCACAGCCAUCAGCUCUUGUAAUAAUACUUGAUUACCUCUGACACAAGGGUCUGUAUGUCGUUAGGGAUGAGGAUUCACCAAAAGACACAAGUUUGUGCAAAAACUUUUUUUAAAAUUUAUUUUGUCAUCUUCAGUGAUUGGGAAAUGAACUCUUAGGUAGUUGAGCUUCAAAAUAAAGCCUGUAUACACACAGGAUCUCAGUUUUGACCCUUACCCUGAUGUCCCUCUGAAAAUGUGUAUUUGUGUUUUAGUGUGCAAAAUCCCUUAAUUUACAGCACACCUUGGUUAGGGGAAUGGCUUUGUCUUACUGAGUUCGUUUUGCCCCAGCUCCUUAGAUGUUUGGCAUCUGUACAGUUAAAACUGCACGCACUGGAACUUUCUGUCUGCCCCGUGUCAUUCCGUGAUGCAAAGGCCGGGCUACUGAGGGCAGCCUUCAGAGAGAAAGCAGGUGUUAGAGGGAGAGGGAGAUGUGGCAGGGUUGCUCUGAAACUCCGAUGCCUCCCUGCAGCGCUGCCUGGGUCUUGGCAGGCUCCUGCUGCCUUCUGAUCUCAGCUGGGGCUGGCGGAGCUGCGGUUUUGAUUCAGGCAAAGCAAAGUACUUCCAAACGCUUCCUGUGCAAGGGCUGGCUCGAUAGUAGGACUCUUCAGCCAGAAAAGAGAUGGCUGAGGUCUGAGGCAGAGAUCAGUGAAGCCUAAAUGCCAUGGAGUAGGUGACCAUGUGUUUUCUUAAAAAUCCAGGGAGGCGUCUGAUUAAAUACUUCAAGACUCAAAAGGAGACAUUUCUUCAUGUGACGUAUAGUAGCUUAAGCUGUGGAAAUCUCUGCCACAGGCCACCAGCAAGGCUGACCUCUGUGGAUACAAAAAGUGAUUAAUGGUUAUUGAUGGAGCACCUCUGGAGGAGGAAAAGCAGAGUCCAGAAAUAGGGGAGAGGCAGAAUCCAGGUGGAGCUUUUGAGUUCUGUGCCUUGUAGAGCAGACCUCUGCUAUGGCAGGAGUGUGGGAACAAGCCAGCCUAGGCUCAGCCUGAGGCUCAGCAGCACAGGGGGCAGUCCAGGCUAGCUGAGCCAGUGGCUUGGUGAGGGACAGCUGUGCUGAGCUCCCAGAACUGUGCUGGGCCUCUCGAGACAGAGGGGUCUGCACCUGGCAGACCUGUACGCCCACCCCUGCAGUGCAGUUGCGUGCCCCAGCAGAAAAGGGAGCCCCAAAGGGAGCAGCCCUCGGGCGCUUCUUCCCAGCUUUCACAAGCAGAAAAAUUAGGACACCCAUCUGAUGCCUGGAGGCAAGCGUCAGCACAGGCUGAGCAUAAAAACAUUGCCAUCAUUCAGAAUGAGUGAAGGAGCCUGAAUUGUCAGCUGAGGGCACUGGGGGAGGCCAGCAUCAGCCCGAGGUGAUGGCUGGUGGGGGCAGAGCUGGGGGCUCCCAGCCUGACUAACUGCAUGUCAGAAAGGAGCCGCAGAGCUUUGAGAAGCAAAGCACUAGGCAGGCUGCUAGGUUUAUCCAUCCCAGAGCAAAUGACUUGCCUCCUGAGCUACCUUCUUUCCCAAGACACCACCCUUGCCAUCAGAGCCCUCAGUCUUUGAGUUGGUCCCAGAUGCCACUGAAAUCAAUGAGCAGAUUAUUGUUCCUCUCUGAAGAUUUUGGAUUAGGCCUCCCUGUUUUGUCAGGCUGAUGUGAGCAAAAUGUGGGUUUUCCACACUAAACGUAAUCAAAACAAACCCUUCUCCCACUGCUUGUGCAACAAAUCAUGCUGGGGGAAUUGCUGGCAUUCGGCGUGAUUAGCCCAAGUGCAGAUGCCUUCCAGCUUGUAAACAAUAGCCUAAAGGAUUGGAGAGGAUCACAAACAAAGCACUUAUGGAGAAGACAGCAUUUUCAAAAGAGACUUGAGAGCUUAUGUCCAUUGGGGGUUUGUCUUUUAAAAAUAAACUAGAAGUAAACAAAUUGACAGAGACGGCUCUGAAGAGUCUAGGAGAAUGAAAGUGAGGAGACUGGAUAUAAUACACCAAAAAUUAAGUAGGGGAAAACUAGACAGGGCUAAUGGGUCCUCUUAAACUCCUCAACAUGAUGUCCCACAGCCUUAGGGAUGGGCAGACAUUAGAAACCUCAUCUGUCCUUGUGAAUGAAGCCAGGGAUAUGUAAGAGAUGCAGGAGAAAGCCCUUCUUCAGUUCACAGGACAAAAAAAAUCCCUAAAAAAUGGUGAGAGGAACAAAAGGAUCAGGCAACAUGUGCUUGUUUUAUGGCGAUUCAGUCUGAAAGGGACAUUCCCUCCUGAAACUGCAAACUAGUGACAAAUUGCUGUGAUUUUCAGACUGAAAACUGUCCAAGUCACAUAAACCAUAGUUUUUGUAUUAUGCUUUUAAUUUUUUUAAUCUCAUUUUUACAUAGGGUUUUUAAGUAUGGGAUGAAUUAUUUUCAAUUAUGUCUCAUUUCUGCUGGCCCUGGCAGAGUGAAGUAGCAAGUGUCCAGCUUCACACUCAAGAGCUCCUGCAAGGGGACAACAAGGUUCAUGACACUGAUAGUCUCUCAUUUAAUGACAUGGUGAAUGGGAGUUGUGGCCAGAGUGCAGCAGUGUCUCUAUAACUGAGAUGGUGUUGCAAGGAAUGCUAAAUCCAGAAAGACGCGAGCACCCUCCCCUCACACUUUCCCUGGUUCGAUGUCUGCUGGAAACACGCAGUUCAUCCCUUUGUUUAAAAGGUUCAGGUAGCUUAUUCUGAUCACAGAGCAUGAGGUGUUUGCCAGAUCCUUGCUGCCAGACUCUCAGUGCAUCUUGAGUUGUUUUGGAAUCCAUGGAAUCUCAAGCCUAGAAUAAGGUGCAAAUCCAGGCAUUCCUGGUAGUAUUCAGCCUCCAUGUUCUAAAUGCUUCAGUACUACAGUUGUACAUUCUGCAGUACUGAGUUAGGAAGGAAUGGAUGGUUCCUUUUAUCCUUGGUCUUCUGUAAGUUGCUCUCCUAGACAUUGGGAUGGGAGAAUGGGGUGGUGGAGAACAUGAGUUGCAGAUCUUUUACUGCUCUUCCAGACUGUGCAGGGAAUCAACCAGAUAUGAAGGCAAGUUUAAUGUAUGUGCUGAGAUACCUAAUAUAAGCCAUGCAAACAAAUCAGUCGUAUGUUAUCCAGAUGGGACUGUUCAAAUCCAAUAAUAGCAGUAAAGUGCUCUCGAACUCUGCAGAGAGAAAGAUUAUAGAAGGAUCAGGUAUAAUUAUAGUGCCUUAUUAAUACUGUUCUCAUCAUUCUUUCUAACAAAGCUUUUCAAUAGGAUGGAAAAACUUCUUGCAGAAGAUCCUAAUGUGUUUGCUGGCACAAACACAUUAGGAAGGAUUUUUUCAUUCUUCCUUCCAAGGCUGUUCAAGUUAGCCUCUGUAAGUGGCGUUACUAAAUAUCAUAAUGACCUGUACUAUAUUUCAGAUUAAGCCUUUUUCAGCAUCUCUUAAUGGCCUUGACUGCAGCAAACCCUUCUCCAGAAACACCUCACUGUUGCUACCUCUAAGAGCAUCAGCAAAAAUACCCUUGUGCUGCUCUGAUCCUUGCCUUGAUACAAGCCCUUCCAAGCAGAGUUAAGUAACACCCUUGAAAUGAAAUAUUAGUGUCUGCAAGUGGCUAGUCUGUGUAUUGCUCCAUGUAUUCCACCUGGAAUAUAGGUGGAAUCAUUCAGCAGGCAUUCUCUACUUUGGAGAAAGUCAUAGAGCUGGAGGUAUAUAUUUGCAAGGUGUUCUCCCCUGUCCGAGUCCCGUCUCCUCUGAACACCAGCAGUGCUCGUGAGAAAAGCAUCAGACUCAGACCACAGGCAAAAUGGGUGAGGGAAACACACAUCCCUGUCUGCAGGUUGGUCCUGUGGGCUGGCACCACUCAAGAGAAGGAAAAAAACCCUGGCAUUUAUUCAGCAGUGUCCCUUUCUCGAUCACUGCAGAUCUCUGGAAAUACUGCUUUAAGAGGAGCCUGACAGUGCAAGGGAGCCAACUCACCUUGGAGGCACAGCCACACAGCAGGUCUGAAACCCAGCGUGGACUUCCCAGGGAGGGGAUUUUUCACAGGAGGGAAGUCCCCGGCAGCACUUCCACUUCUGCAGUUCCCGCAGCUUAGGGAGCAACUUGCUAUGGAGAAAAGCUGUCGGUGAGCAUGUGGAUGGUAGAAACUCUACCAACACAUCUUGUUCUUAAUCUGCAGCACACCCUGCAUUGCCAUCCUCAUGGCCCUGAUUUAGUGAAUCCCUUGCACCUCUCUCAGCUUGGGGACAUGCCUGUACCUGUACCCUGCGCCAAGUGUUGCAGUGCAGGACAGCAUCUCUCCCAGGCUCUAUGGCUCCAUGCCCUGCUCACCUGCAAGUCCUGGGCAAACAAGGAGGUGAGGUGAUGUGGUUUGAACAGAUGCAGCAGUUUUGGAGGGGAUGCAUUAGGUUUAUUUCUUGGACUGGAGGGAAGGGGUAAUUUGCUGAAAUGGAUCUUUCUCAUCUCGUCUCCCCUGAGCACCUUGAGAGAGCCUUGCUCUCAACUCAAUGAAAGUAGGGCAGAGUCUAACCACAUUUCAAGCUGUCUGUGUUUUUGGAUUCUGGGUAGCUGUGAUCUUUAUCUGUUCCUAGAAAAGAUUUAAACAACUUAUAAACCACAGCUGGGCAGAGAUAAUAAAGGAAGCAGUACUGGGGUGGGGAAGGAUUUCCCCAGAGUAUACAGAGUGAGGAGAGAGUGGUCUGCAGGAGAAACCACGGGGCCAGCUGUGGUAGAGGGGCUUAGCAUGGCUGCUUGGGCUGUAGGGGGACACAGAGUGGGUGCCUUUGGGAAACUUCAGCAGUAUUAGUAGCUAGGUAUAAAAUGUGGGUAUAUGUGUAUACAUACAUACAUACAUACAUACAUAUAUAUAUAUAUAGAGCAAGUGAAGAUACAAUUAGUCACAGAAGAAGGUGUCUGAACCCUGCUAUGGUAUCUAUAUAGUCUCAGCUCCAUGCACUUGCUCCCGCUGAGGUUUGUGUCUCCAUGCAGACAGGAUAUGCUUCCUCUUAUACUCCAGGGUUUUUUGCAUUUCGCAUCCCUGUGGACCCACAUCUGUCAUCAUGCACUUCUCCGGGGAAAGGAGGCCUCCUUCCAUUGGAGGGGUUGGAGUGGUUUCAGGCUCAGUGCCUUAUCUCCAGGCCCACAGGGAGGUUCACAAAACCCCUCCCAGGUCUCCCCAUGGCCUGCAGCAGCCUUGGAUGCUCCCAGUGUGCUCAGCAGUGGCCUGUAAGGGUUUGAAAAACAAAACCCAAUUAUGUUUCUCUUGCAUUAGGUCAAAACUACAAAUCCUUGUCCUGUAGUUCUGUCAGCCAGGAAUGUAGACAGCAGGUGGGAAAUUCAGAGGUAGGGAGGAAAACAGAAUGAAACACAUUUCUGUAUUGGCAAAAAUCCUAGCAGGGAUGUGGUUCUUCCAGCACAUGUUUUUGCCAGGAUCCUUUAUUUAGUUUUCAUAGCCAGAAUAGGGCCUGGUGGCAAAAUGAUGUUUUUCCACCCUAGGAGGGUGUGCUAUUACAGCUGUAUCAGCCUGCACAUUCUCCACAGUCCACAAUCAAAGCAAAGUUCAGGAAUUAAUAGAAAGAAAAAACAAUAUAUUCACUUGCCAAUGAGAUACUUAGCUACUUAAUCCUUUCCCAGCUUUCCUCCUGGGAGCUGGCAGAAGCCUGGAGUGCACGAGGAAAGCUGUGCCAAUCUAAAGCGGGGUGUGAGUGCACUCAAGUGUCUGCUGUGGGGGUCCAUGCUGGUUCCCAGGGUCACUGCAGCUGUGCUGCCUGUUCUACUUCCCAAUGUCCUGAGCUGAAAAGCUCCUGCAGGCUGAAGAAAAGGUCCCAAAAUGAAACCAAAAAGGGGAAGACG